AUGAACGGGUCCAGUAGCAUUGUUACACACAACUCGGAACUGAAGCCAUCUGAUAACGGAAUUACGCAAAAUGCAUCAGCGAUAAAUGUCGAUAAAAAUAAAAGUGGAGCUACAAGUUCAAAUGGAGGCGCUGAGGAACUACUCGACCUUAAAGGUAAGGUCGAGUCCCGCCUCUUAUCCAUGUGGAAUAACGUGAAAUUUGGAUGGACUGUGAAGCUAAAAACCAGCUUUUCAAAAGAAUCGCCUGUAUGGUUACUUGGCAGGUGCUAUCAUCGAAAACUUAGCCCUACGGGAUCAUUAGAAUCGUCUACUGAAGUUGGUACUGAAGCAACAGCUAAUCAGCCAAUUGAACAGAUAUAUGGAGAGGGCAUAGAAGGCUUCAAAUCUGAUUUUAUUAGCAAAAUAUGGAUGACAUAUAGAAGGGAAUUCCCCACCAUGUCAGGCUCCUCAUUUACCACAGACUGUGGCUGGGGUUGCAUGCUACGAAGUGGACAGAUGUUGUUAGCACAAGCUCUAGUGACUCACUUUCUUGGACGUUCUUGGAGGUGGUUUCCUGAGAGAGCUAUACAAAAUGCCAGGGAAUUUCAAGAGGAUUGUUUACACCGCAUGAUCAUCAAAUGGUUUGGUGACAAGUCGUCAGUCAACAGUCCUCUAUCUAUACAUCAGAUGGUGAGUCUUGGGGAGGCUCUAGGGAAGAAGCCAGGAGACUGGUAUGGACCUGCGUCUGUUGCUCACUGCCUGAAAGCAGUUAUGACAGCGGCUUCAAAAGAAAAUUAUGAAUUUGAUAAUUUGGAAGUUUAUGUUGCUCAAGAUUCAACUAUAUAUAUUCAAGAUGUUUAUUCACUUUGUCGUCUACCUAAUGGUUCCUGGAAAUCCCUUAUUUUGUUAGUUCCUGUAAAAUUGGGGUCUGAUAAAUUUAAUCCUAUUUACGGCCCCUGCCUUACAUCAUUACUUACAUUAGACUUUUGCAUAGGCAUUAUUGGGGGACGACCUAAACAUUCACUGUAUUUUGUGGGAUACCAAGAUGAUAGAUUGAUCCACUUGGACCCUCAUUACUGUCAAGAAAUGGUGGAUGUUUGGCAACCUAACUUUUCUUUACAAUCAUUUCAUUGUAGAUCACCAAGAAAAAUGCCUCUAAGCAAAAUGGACCCUUCUUGCUGCAUAGGCUUCUACCUGGCAACACAAAAUGAUUUGGAAACAUUUAUCAAUGUUAUACAAUCAUUCCUAGUCCCCCAGGGAGUCUCUGCUAACUUUGAAUAUCCUAUUUUCACUCUAAACAGUGGCUCAUGUAGUAAUGUUAUGAACUUUCCUAAUAUUAGGAACUCUAUUUAUGAAACAGAGCAAAACUGGGUAACACCAAAUAUCCAAGACAGUGAUACAGACAUUGAAUCUGAGGAAUUUGUGUUAGUGUGA